GAAAUCAACGAGCUUCAGUAGCUUUUCAGUUUCGGAAGGAAACAUCGAGUCUGAUCUAGUUGAAGCCCUCACUACAUUUGAGCGUUUAUUGAAGGGAGACGAAGUCGCGUCGCAGAUCUCAGAAGUUUUACUGAUCGCUGUAGUAAGGAGAAUCAUGUUUACGUGACUUUAUCUCAACACAAAGCUCUAAACAUGGACGUGGAGGAAACCAUUGCUACCAACAACUCCAUCUUACCUCGAACUGAGUACGAUGAUAAUUUCCUCGUAGAUUUCACAGUCGUGGAAACUGCUUUUGCUGCUUCCGCUUUGCUCGUCAUCAUGAUAGCGUGUUUAACAGGAAACCUUGUCAUUUGCUACGUGGUUUUCCGCAGUAGACGAAUGUGGACAGAAAUGAACAUGUUCAUGGUGAAUCUCGCCAUUGGUGAUAUCGCUAUGACUUUUUUGUCUAUGCUAUCUCCUCUCGAAACUGCUUUAAUCAGGAAGUGGGCAUUUGGCACGGGGCCUGUGUGUCAGUUAAACGCCUUCUGUACCUCUGUCUUAAUUUGCAACACAAUAUUUACGCACACUGCAAUAUCAAUUGACAGGUUUUUUGCCGUGGUAAAGCCAAUGGAAAAAAUUAUGACUAAGAGAAAAGCGUUUUUUAGCAUAGCUGGUGUGUGGAUGUUAUCAGUGGCUAUUACUAUUGGACCUAUGGUCGGCUGGGGUCGAAAUGUUUACAACGCCUCAACAUUACAAUGCGGUUUUAAAUUUCCUGAAAAUGAAUUUGAGAAAUUUUACAUCUUAUGUCUGGCUGUAAUCGCGUUUUUACUACCCUUAAUUAUCAUGAGCUAUGCAUACAUACGAAUUUAUAUCGUUGUACGGAAUCAUACAAGGCGAUUGUCAACUUCUACAAUCGGUAAUUCUCAAUACUCUUUAAUACAAAAUCAAGACAGAAUUGUCUUAACGUUUUUCCUCGCUUUAAUUGUAUUCAUCAUUUGCUGGACACCAUUCUUUGUAUUCAUUGCAGUUGCUGCUUCAGUUUCUUCCCGGGAAAAAAUACCACGUGGCUUAGGAAUUGCAGCUUACUGGUGUGGCUUCAUGAACUCUGCCAUAAAUCCUUAUUUGAUCGGCUUGAGGAGUGAGAAAUUUUAUGAUGCAUUUGUAGCUGUAUUUUGUUGCAGAUUUCAUUCCUGUAAAUGUAAUUCAAAUGAAAGAAAAAACGAAAGCACCAAUCCAAACGAUCAAAUGCUUUGCACAGAUGGGAAAAGAGAGUCGCCAUUAGAACAAACAUCACAAAUGGCACAUGUAGGAGAUGACUAUGCCAAUUCAUUUUUGAACAUGGCUGCUGUUCCUGAUACAAACGCAACUCAAGAAACGUCUGCUAAAAUAACAAACGACGAGAAGACAAGACAUCAAAGACGACAAGGGAGAGAUGAAACCCCAGGGGUUAUAUAUCCUUGUUAUAUCCAUAUGGUCGAUGGAAAACUCUGGAAUGAGGCCAUUGUUUAAUAACCGUAUUACUGAUAUUGUUCACGACGGGCCUUACUUCAAGUUUGACGGAUAAAUGCUGAGAGUUCAGAUUAUACGAACAAAAUAUGUCACACUAUGUCUACAGUCAUAGGGGAAAAGCAAAUUCUAACGUAGGUCAGAGCCAAAAGUCCAAUGAAAACUUUGAGUCUUUUUGCUGCUAAAACAUAUUUUACCAACUAGAGCCCAAGUGCCACGCUUCACAAGAUAAAUUUUUUCCGUUCUUCGUCUAGGUCGUACUCAAUUAAUUUUUCUACGAAAUUUAAUAACAAAGCUACUACUAAAUCUAAUAUAAUUCUUGCAACACGCUGCUUUGAUUAAAAUGCUAAAGGUACCAUCAAA